AUGUAUAAGGAUUCCGAACCCGCCAAACCCAAGGUUCGGUUUUUACUUCCAGGGGAGUCAUCAGGCUCACCAAUCUUAGAACCCAGCUCAGUCUAUAGGGACUCCAGGUAUCUAAGAAAAGCUGGAACUGAAACUUAUGGCGAGAUUUUUCAGAAUAAGCUGGAUUACACAGAGCCAUCAACGGGAAUACCAUUAAUUAGAAGGCGCGCUUUAGAAGCUGAGAAUGCAAAGCAGCCACCAAAGAACAGCCCUCCGCAUUUCUCUCCACCAAAGUCGAUCUUUGUACGCAUUGCGGAGGAUCCACGUGUUUUUCCCGAUGAUUUUAUGGAUAUGCUGGAUGGCACAGAAGUAUCAGUUGCGUCAGAAUCAGUUGUUUUGCAAAAUGCAGAGUCAAGUUUGAUCUAUGAUAAACUUAGAGGUCCAGUAAAUAUUGGAAUUGAUUUUUCCUCCGAGAGUCGCCAGACAAGGAGGGAGGAUAUAAUUACGGAAUCUGACACAGUAACAAUCCUGAGGAGUGCUUCACAAGUAGAGGAGGCAUCCAAUAACAGCUUCACCUCGCCCUAUGACAGUCCAAGCCAACUUCAAUUUCAUGUUGCUAAUGAAACCACAGAUGGAAACGCGGAUGUACCAUGUACAUCUGCCUUAUCAGAAUUUGAGUCUAGCUCGGUGUAUGAUGAUGAAAUCAUUCCGAGAGAGGCUCCAUAUCAUGUUGCUAUUAAAACCACAGAUGGAAACGCGGAUGUACCAUGUACAUCUGCCUUAUCAGAAUUUGAGUCUAGCUCGGUGUAUGAUGAUGAAAUCAUUCCGAGAGAGGCUCCAUAUCAUGUUGCUAUUAAAACCACAGAUGGAAACGCGGAUGUACCAUGUACAUCUGCCUUAUCAGAAUUUGAGUCUAGCUCGGUGUAUGAUGAUGAAAUCAUUCCGAGAGAGGCUCCAUAUCAUGUUGCUAUUAAAACCACAGAUGGAAACGCGGAUGUACCAUGUACAUCUGCCUUAUCAGAAUUUGAGUCUAGCUCGGUGUAUGAUGAUGAAAUCAUUCCGAGAGAGGCUCCAUAUCAUGUUGCUAUUAAAACCACAGAUGGAAACGCGGAUGUACCAUGUACAUCUGCCUUAUCAGAAUUUGAGUCUAGCUCGGUGUAUGAUGAUGAAAUCAUUCCGAGAGAGGCUCCAUAUCAUGUUGCUAUUGAAACCAUAGAUGGAAACGCGGAUGUACCGUAUACAUCUGUUAUACCAGAAUUAGAGUCUAGCUCGCCCUAUGACGUUCCAAGCGCAUUUCCAUUUCAUGUUGCUAUUGAAACCAUAGAUGGAAACGCGGAUAUACCGUAUACAUCUGUCUUACUGGUAUCAGCCCCCUUGUCAGAUGCUGUGAGCUCAGUUGAAAGAACCAAUUGGAAUAACCAAAACUCAGAGGACUGCGAUUUUGUUUCUGUGGAUAUUAGGAUUCCAGAGGAAAACGAUUCCUGUAUGAAUCAAUUAAAGGAGCCUAAAAAGAGUAGGAUACCACUGUUCAAAUUGUUUGCACGGCUCAAGAAGAGCAGAAAGACUCUGUUUAAACCGUUUUCAUGGUUCAAGAAGAGCAAAACGACUCUGUUCAAACCGUUUGCAUGGCUAAAGAAACGGGCAGAAAAGAAGGAGUUAAUAGAAAAAGUUGUUUUGGCUGAAAGUGAUGAUCAACAACAACAACUGCUGCUAAAAGAACAACAACAACAACAACAACAACAACAACAACUGCUGCUAAAAGAAGAAGAACAACAACAACAACAACAACAACAACAACAACAACAACAACAACAACAACAACAACAACAACAACAACAACAACAACAACAACAACAACAACAACAACAACAACAACAACAACAACAACAACAACAACUACAACAACUAUUACAACAACAACAACUACAACAACUACAACAACUAUUACAACAACAACAACUAUUACAACAACAACAACUAUUACAACAACAACAACUAUUACAACAACAACAACAACAACAACAACAACAACAACAACUAUUACAACAACAACUACUAUUACAACAACAACAACUAUUACAACAACAACAACAACUAUUACAACAACAACUACUAUUACAACAACAACUACAACAACAACAACAACUACUAUUACAACAACAACAACUACUACAACAACAACAACAACUACAACAACAACAACAACCGUCGUUACCUCAACCAUUUGAACUAGUGUGA